UUAAAUGAUUAAAUAACAAGAAGUAACCCUCUAUGCCCUCUAUGGGUGUGAGCAACGUCUGCAAUGUGGAAUCUAUUAAUUGGAAAAGAGUUUGGAAAAAUCAAGUUUAUUUCAGUGUGUAUUUCAGGAACCACAUGAAUGAUCCAGUGAUUUGUUUUAUUUUGUACCAAGGCAGGCACUCACAGUUUAAAGCACAGAACACAACUUUACUAUAUAGCUUUUUAGCACAAGGAUGAGCACAAUAUUUACAUUAGUGUUUGUGUGUGUGUGUGUGUGUGUGUGUUUUUGUGUCAAACAUGUCCAUUAAAUGAUAAUUCUGUAAAUCCAAUCCGCAAAAUAUUAUCAUCACCAGAGAAGGUCUGGCGAACGCACUGAUGUGGUUUUUAUGUUUGUGGUUUCAAAUAUAUGCUACACAAAUAUAUGCUACACAAAUUUCUUUACAUUUUGACCUAAACCGAUGUAGGCCUAGGCUACGAAGGGUGAAAAUUGUAGGAGAGAGAGAGAAAAUGUCAGAGGAUUGUGCAGCUCCCCACUCUGUCCUCCCCUCUAGCUCUGAAAUUUGAUUAUAGUAUCUGAGACAUGUAAAAAAUGUCCAUUAGAUGAUUAUUAUACCACUGAAGUAACUCUUUUUAAUGUAAAAACCGUGAGUCCAACACUCCUACUAAUAAUACAUAGCCUUAAAAAUGACUGUGCUUUGAGACAUGAAUUCUCUGGAUACAUCCUGCCAUGCUAACAGGAGCUGAUUAGGAAAUCAUGAACAAGGAAAGGCUAGAAUAAAACAAAAUUGAUGUGCAUAUACACUUUAUCGUCAGGGAAACAACAACAAAAUCUCUACCUUUCCUCUUUCUGCUCUACUGUAUUGUUCCAAUUUGUACUGUCCAUUGGAGACCCACUGUACUUUCUUCCUCACAGUCAGACCACAGGGACAGGAUCCCCCACUGGCUUCCCACCUGCUAAUACUGCCACUGGUUAUCUGUAGGGCCAAACCAGAAUCACCAGCGUCACCAUCUGAAACUGGAUCUGUGCAUUGGCGUGCAAAAUAAUUCUCCUCUUGCGCCAUCCAGUGGACACAAGUGUACUUUUCACAGUAUACUGUUCUUCUGUUGUACUUCAAUAAGACUAAUAAGACUAAAUCGGUUAACUCACUUUUGUAAAGAAAAGGAAGGAGAAGAAGAAGAAAACGAUAUGGACAGGAGAAGUUGCACAAGGAACAGAAAGAUACCCAGAUAUCAAGAGUAUUAUGAUGACGAGGAGGAGGAGGAGGAGGAAGAAGAGGAAUAUCAGGAAGACGAUGAGCAGCCAGCCACAUCCACCCAGGACACUCAUAACCAGAGAGCAGAGGAUAAUAAGAUGGAGCCCUUGAGGAUCAUGCUUCUUGGGAAGAGCGGGGUAGGCAGGAGCUCGAGUGGGAACACCAUCCUCGGGCGGACGGUGUUUCUAUCAUACAUGAAGCUGAACAGAGUCACCAGAUACUGUGACAAAGAGACUGGGACGGUGAAGGAUGUGCCUGUCGCUGUGAUCGACACACCCGGCCUUUUGAGACAAAAAAAAACAAGGAGGACAUGGUGCGAGAUAUUCUCAAGUGUGUCAAACUCCAGGAACCGGGCCCUCACGUCUUUGUGCUAG